CGUGGCGUGCAGCGCUUAGGGACCGUCGCUAAAUUCCCAAAACGGGAGUGGUGUGUUGGUCACUAGAGAGGGGCAAGGGGGCUGUGACCCUUCCCCGGGGCUGCGGAUCUGCCUGCCAGGCUUCACGUUGUAAGGGCGCUUUCUGUGUCUUCCUUAGGUUUGCAAAGGAAACCUCCCCCAGGGACAGCAGGGAGUGAUGCCUAGUGGAGCCUGCACUGAGCCUGGGCCCUGGACCCUGCCCAUUGCUGCCCACCCUGCAGCAUUGCCCUGGAGCCCCCAGGAAUUAGAUCUCCGUCUCCAGGAGACUGCUGAGAAUAACCCGGGAUUUACGGUGUUCAGAUAAACGUGUGGGGCUUAGAGCAUUAAUAAAGUCAUUAAAAUAAAUAUGAAAUGUCGAAUCCCAUUGAUACAGCAGUCCAGCGGGUUUCUUCAAAUGUGCAUUAUUUGCCUUCCUGCCGCGUAUACGCACCGUAAUGAAUGCCGUGUGUGAUGAAACCCCCCAGAAUAGAUUCGAGCACGCCAGCUCCUGUCCACCUUGCGGCUCCAUGUCUCCUGGGGGCGUGGGGCAGGCCGGCCCCAAAACCCAGCCCCUCGUCUGGCCCCAAAACUCAGCCUGGCGUGAGGCGAGGAGGAGCCGGGGCUGCUCCGAGGCAAGGCUGUCUGGGCACAGCCUCAUUCCUCCGCCUGUGCGUGGGGAGCCCGGCGAAAGCCGCUGCUCAGCCCGCAGCAGCCGGCCUCCUGCUCCUGAAUCACCCCCAGCCCAGAGGGCCUGGGCUUUCCUCUGCCUCCUGCUUCGGUAGCAUUAUCCUCUCCUCCCACACACGGGCGCCCCUUUCUCCCAAGCAGUAGCCGGCAGUCCCCGCCGGGCCGUGACCCCUGCCUGGGGUCAAGCACGGCCUUGCAAUUGCUCUGGCCUGGGUGGAUUAAGCUGUCGGCUUUUGGGGCGUUUUGUCGGACCACUGAUGCCUCCUUUUCCCUCUUGGCUUUCGGAACCAGAACUUCCCGUGCCUCCAACACCUGAAAGCCCGGAGGCGGGGCGAUGCUGCAGUCCCCCAAACUGGGCAGCAACCACGUGAUAGCGAACCCCAUGCCGUGACCCAGCAGCCUGACGCUGGCUCCCUAGUCCCUGUCCUUUACUCCCGGUUCCUUUUUCAAAGUGAAUCUGUAGGCCGCCAAAGGUCGUUAGUAAUGCAUCGCACAAGCUCCAGAGUUCAAAUUUCCUCCCAAACGUAUACUUCCUCGCACAGCCGGGGCAGGUGGGACUGGGCUCUUCGCCUCCAGUGUCUUCACCUUGGCGGAGAGCUCGUUGGCCGUGCUGGUCCAGGAGACGCGCUGUGCAGACUGACAGAGAGACCACCGCCGAGCCGAGUCGGCUUCGUCAACAUUUUUUUGGUGUUCCGAGCCAAAUCAACCCCAAAUCCCGGCCCUGCUACCGACCAACAUCCUCCGCCCCCACCUGGGGCUUCAGCGGUUUCCAAAUCCUUUGGCGGGCAUCCUACGUGCAAGCCUGGAGGCCCGGGGUUCGGAUGCCCCCGGGGUUCGCUUGCCCUCAGCCGUGCGGCUGCGGGAACAAGCUAGGGAGGAGUCUCCCAUUUCCGUGCAGCCGGCAUGAAGCCAAGAUCUUUGCUGGAAAGGAAAGCAGCAGGUUAACUAUACGGUGCAUUGCUUUUGGGUGCCAGAAAAGAGCUCAUCUAUCCCCUGUCCUUGGGGAAACCGCGCUGGUGAUAGAUGCUGUCCACCCAGCUCCACUCCUGGUGCUGGGGAGAAAGGUGGGAAGGGGGCUCCGCGCUGAGCAAGGGCUGCACUCCUGCCCCAAAGCGGGGGCCAGGAGCGUGUGCCCGGGCAGGGCUCCUGUCCCGCGGGCGGGUCCCCGGGCCGGCCCUGCCCCCGGGCGGGCGGGACCCGGCGGAUCAGGUGAUCGGCUGCAUAAACAGCAGCUCCGGGGCCCGGCGCGGGGAUCCUGCCGCACCCCGGGGCCGGGAUCGGGGCUGCCGGCCACGGCGCGGGGAACUGGAGCCGGGAGCGGCAGGGACAGAGCAGAGGGGGCUUUUUUUCCAUCCCCUGCAACCACCCCUGCUGCUGGAAGAGCCCUGGGUGACACCGGACUGUUGGAGCUGCGAUGCCCUUAAAGUUUCAGGUACACUGUCUGGCUUGUAACAAAAAUAUUCCUUCUGCUGCCUGACCUCUGCAGGCUUCUCCAGCGAGGGCCACAGCCUUCCUGAUUGUGCUAUGGACUCCAAAGUUUGGCAGAGUCAACCAGUGGGGAACUUCUCGGACUGUCCAAAUGGCUCCCAGUGGGUGUGGGACGUGUUCAAUGAGUGUGCCCAGGAUGGUUGGGACAUCGCCAGCAUUGUGUUGGGGCUGGUUUCCAUCGUCUGCUUUGCGGCUGCUUCGUUCCCCCAAUAUUACCAGGCUUGUAAAACCGGUAACAUGGAUGAGGCGCUCUCCAUAUACUUCCUGUUGGGAUGGCUGGCUGGAGACUCCUUCAAUCUGAUAGGGUCGUUCCUGGCUGACCAGCUGCCGCUGCAGACUUACACUGCCAUCUACUACGUGUCAGCAGAUCUGAUCAUGUUGUCUCUGUACUGCUACUACAAAGUCAGGAACCAGAGCCGAGGCUUCCUUGCUCCUAUUAAUGCCGUCUUUGCCUUCAUCUUUCUGGGAACGGUGUCAACAACCUCCCUACUCGGUGGAGGUGGCUCCUUGGCUCAGGAAACAAUGGUGACAAUGAAAGGGAGGACACUUCUCUCUGCUGCAGUGGAUGAGUCUGGGCAUGAGUUCAAAAGGAAGUCUACCGCAGGGGUGUCGUACUCCCUCUUUGCUCUAGUGAUGCUGGGAAACACGCUGUACGGAGCGAGCGUGCUUCUGAAGAACCCCGACCCGGGGCAAACCAAAGGCGACUAUGCCCUCCACCACCUCCCGUGGCUGAUCGGCAGUCUGGGUGUCCUUUCUCUCGACAUUGGUAUCUCCUUCCAGUUCCUUGCUUAUCGGAACAGAAGACCUAGUACUCGAGAAGAGAGGGAGGCCCUUCUUAGCAGCUGACAGAGGAGCUAGCCCAGUGCAGGAACGGCAGGAUGCGCGGGAGAGUGCUGGUUUUCACCAAGGCACGUUGGACUCCCAGACCCACCUGUCUCUGGGCGAUCCCAAAUGAAAGGGAACGCAAGCCAGUGUGUGGUAUGCUGCUGAGGGAUUAUGCCUGGCUGUGUGGCACAGGAUGCUGCUGGCAGAUGUCACACCUGCUGGUACCAAUGAUGUUAAAGGGAUAAAUAUUGGGGAAAUGCCUGUUCCAGGAUCACAGUCACUUUUCACCUUUUAUUUAAGUACUGUAGCUGAACUCAGUUCCCUCUUUUCUCUUAGAAAGGAGGUCUUGCACUAGCUCCAGGCCAGCUAUUGCUGCCAAAAGGGAAGAGACCCUAGGAGCUUAGGCUGACCCUCUUAAGUGGAAGUUGCUUGGUCACAGCUAUGUUAUCACCAUUCUCAGCUACACCUUUGAGGGUCUAGUCACUGGGCCUUUAAGGUAGGGAAUGAGGCCAGUCCUGGGUAAAGUAUUUUAAUACAUGUGUAUACACAUUUUAAUAUUUUUGGCUGCAAACUUUAUAUAAAAUAAAUCCUUAUGCAGCA